AUGACACAGACGCCCAUGAUCUCGGUGCCGCUCAAGGCCACCAACGAGAUAGAUUGGGUCACGCCACUGAAAGCGUAUAUCAGGGAUACCUACGGAGAUGACCCCGAACGGUACGCCGAAGAAUGCCAGACCCUCAACCGGUUGCGCCAAGACAUGCGAGGCGCGGGCAGUGAUAGUACAGCUGGAAGGGACUUGCUAUAUCGAUAUUAUGGCCAGUUGGAGUUGCUGGACUUGCGGUUCCCCGUCGACGAGCAACACAUCAAGAUCUCCUUCACAUGGUUCGACGCCUUCACCCACAAAUCCACUGCGCAAUACUCCCUUGCUUUCGAAAAGGCCUCGGUGAUAUUCAACAUAUCCGCCGUCCUGUCCUGCCAUGCUGCGAUCCAGACGAGGUCCGAAGAGUCGGGUCUCAAGGCCGCCUACCACUCCUUUCAAGCAUCAGCUGGCAUGUUUACUUACAUAAACGAAAACUUCUUGCACGCGCCCUCGUCCGACCUGAGCAGGGAAACCGUCAAAUCGCUCAUCAGCAUCAUGCUCGCCCAAGCUCAAGAAGUCUUCCUGGAAAAACAGGUGGCCGACCAGAAGAAAGUUGGAAUGCUCGCCAAAUUGUCCAGUCAGGCCGCGUAUCUGUAUUCACAAGCUCUCGAGGGUGUACAGGAUAACGUGAACAAGGCCAUCUUCGAGAAGGUCUGGCUCAUGUUCGUUCAGAUCAAGCACAACCUAUUGUCUUCCCAAUCGCAAUACUACCAGGCUGUAGCGGACAGUGAGGCCAAUUCGCCAGGAGUAGCCGUGGCGAGACUGAAGGCAGCCGAAGCUCAGGCCAAGGAAGCGAAUCGGCUGGCCUCCAACUUUCCCAGCACCAUGCCUCCUAGUUCCAACCUGAGUGCAGAGACCGGCCCGCUCUUAGCAGAAAUCGCCAAGCGUAAUCUUUCUACUAUUCAGGAAAAGCUACAGGUGCUGAACAAGGAUAACGACUAUAUCUACCACCAACCUGUACCCGCGGAAGCUAGUUUGGCCCCAGUAGCCAAGCUCCCAGCGUCAAAACCGAUCCCUGUGAGCGAGCUAUAUGCUGGACAGGACAUACAGCGAAUCACAGGUUCCGAUUUGUUUGCCAAGAUUGUCCCACUCGCCGUUACCGAGUCGGCAAGUUUAUACGACGAGGAGAAAGCGAAGCUGAUCCGAGCUGAAACAGAAAGAGUCGACCUCGCCAACAGUGAGAUGGCAGCGAGUCUUGACUAUUUACGUCUACCUGGCGCUUUACAGGUGUUGAAAGGUGGAUUUGACCGAGACAUCUUGCCUGAUGAGGAUUUCAGAACAUGGUGUGACGACGUGGCUGGUCAUGAAAACCCGAUCUCCAUAUUCGACACGCUGCGAAUAGAUAAGGACUCCAUCAUUGGCGUACUGGAAAAGAGCUCGAAACAGCUGGAUAUGGAGGAGAGCGUUUGCGAGAAGAUGAGAUCCAAAUAUGAAAGCGAAUGGACACAACAACCAAGCUCGAGGCUUACGACUACACUGAGAGGAAACAUUCGUAAUUAUAGAGAGGCCCUGGAUGAAGCCGCCAGGAGCGACGGGCAGCUAUACGCCAAAUUUAGGCAAAAUGAGAAUGACUUCGAGGAAAUGCGCGUUGCGGCGCAGGUUGGUGACGCCGAUGCCCUCUUCCAGAGGGCAGUCAGUAAGGUGCGCACUAAGUCGAGCACCGCUACAAGUCCCUCGGGUCCUGAACCGAACCUGUUAGACGACGAUUUCGAGGAUGAAGGACCUAGCGUCAUGGACCAGAUCAGCAGAGUUGAAGAGAUUUUGAAGAAGCUCAAUCUCAUCAAACGAGAACGAAAUCAAGUACUCAAGGAUCUGAAGGAUAAGGUCCACAACGAUGAUAUUUCGCAGAUUCUUAUUCUGAACAAGAAAUCCAUCCCGAAUUACGAACAGCAACUUUUCCAAUCAGAGUUGGAAAAGUUCAGGCCACACCAAAACCGACUGUUACAGGCCAACCAUAAGCAAUCUUCUUUGAUGAAGGAGCUCACUGCCACGUUCAACAAUCUACUCCAAGAUAAGCGCGUCCGUUCGGAGCAAAGCAAGUAUGAAGCCAUCCAACGGCAACGAGCCACGGUAGUCAACAGGUUCAAGAGAGCUUACCAAGAAUUCUUGGAUCUCGAAGCCGGUCUCCAAAGUGCCAAGAGGUGGUAUACGGAGAUGAAAGAAACCGUGGAUAGCCUCGAGAAGAAUGUUGACACCUUUGUCAAUAAUCGGCGUUCUGAAGGAGCACAGCUCCUAAACCAAAUUGAGCAAGAGAAAGCAGCAAACAAAAGCCAGCAAGCAGAGAUCGAACGCGAGCGGAUGCGUGGAUUAAUGGAACGCAUGUCGAUGAAUCCAUCAGCAUCUCCCCCACCAAAGCCAGGAUCGGCGAGACCAGUUCCGAGUCCUCUGAGCUUUUCGCAGAACACCGGUGGUUACCCGUCCCAGGGCAACACGGCACAGUACCCGCAAGCAUCAUUCACUGGUCAAUAUCAAACGGCUACAUCGCCUCCCCCGAUUCAGACCACAUUCACAUCAUACUCCAGUCCACCACCCAACCCUUCGUAUACCUCCACUCCGCAGCCGCAGUCUCAGCCGUAUGGGCAACAAACCACUUACAAUCCAAGCAACUGGGGUCGCAAUCCAGGGCCGACUUCACCUCCCCCUAACCAAACAAGUUUUGGUAUGAGCGCUCGCUCUCCACCACCGACGCAAACCUCUUUUAGCCAUGGACAGCCGUAUAACACAUAUGGUAACCCUCAAGCACAACAGCAACAGCAGCAGCAGCAGCAGCCAUCUCAGAAUCAGUACAUGGCUCAAAGCUUUGUACCGCCGCCACCUCCACCAGGUCCGCCACCUUUGGGACCCCAGCAGACAAUGCAUUACUCUGGUCAGCCGAGUCAACAAUACUACGGACAACCGCAGAGUGCCGCUCCUCACAACGCCGUGCCGGGUAGUGCACAGCCGCAGCAACCACAGGAUCCAUGGGCGGGAUUGAGUCAGUGGAAAUAG